GUCUCUAUUAGCUCGAUUCAUGUGUAUUAUAGCCGAUGCUACACAUGUUUGCAUAUCGAGGAAGGGAAGAAAGGAGCUGAGCUUAGGAAUCCCACUCCGCUCGCCCAUCGCGAACAUCAAUCACACAGACAACGACCGCACGAGCUUCCUCAUCGCCGACGUCCGAUAGACGACCACACGCUCCUCACACUCGACAGACGGGUGAUCAUCUGUCUACCUCAGAGAUCGCUCAGCAACCAAGAAGCGCUCCUGUCACAACCACCGACCGAUCCUCCUCGUCGCGAACACACGAUGUUAAGGAGCCUAGCUAUCCAGGAGAACAUAACGCACAUCUUUUGCGGCGAUGAACACGUUGAUGGACUCACUGCA